AUAUGUGUGUUCUCUCAUCUUACAGCGGUGAAUGGGAUUGUACAUGACAUAGACACCCUUGGCAAAGGGAUCCAGCUUCUUACCAUACUGGUGAACAGCGGCGGGCUAUACAAGAUCAAUCGUCUCUACAUAACGCCGGACGGCUUUUUCUUCAGGGUCAAAGUCUUGGCUGUAGACCAUUUAAACUGCCCCAAGUCCUGCCUGGACUUCAAACUCGGAGGCCGGUACAUCAUCAUGGGGCGGAUUUUCCACAAGCGCAUGGAGUUACCGCCUUCCAUUCAGAGGACGGUCAGCGGGCGGCUAAGGGCGGGAGACGGACUUGUGACCAGCAGCGGCGGCUUGGUACGGCGAUACAACCGGAAAAAAGAUCGCAAGGUUCUGGCAGCCGCCCAUUCCAAGUGCAAGUGA